UUUUCUCCCCCCAGCCCCUUCCCAGGUAGCAGAGAGCAGAAGCCCUCCUCCACUCCCCUCUCAGGCUGCAUUAUGCAGAUUAGCCACUGGUGGUAAUCCACCGGGUCGUGUUUAAUCCUCAGACCUCCUCCCCUCCGGUCCGCGCUGCCACUGCCGACUCCUCUCCCGCUCUGAACGUCUCUCAUCCUCUCUGCUGAAGGUGUUCGCGUAGCUGCUGGGAGACGCUGCGACCAUGGCUGCUACUGGGACGUUCCGGAUGGUGUCGGAGGAGGAGCAGGCCAUGCGGGCGAAGCUGGAGCACCUGACGGUGAAGGACCACGGACCCGUGUUCGGGCCGUGCCCCAAACUGCCCGCCCACACCGUGCAGAAGGCGAAGGACGAGCUGAACGAGACGGAGGCGCGGCGGGCGGCGGCCCUGCAGGAGCUGCGCGGCCUGAUGAAGGAGGGGGCGGGGGGGGACGACACGGGGAAACUGGUGCAGGAGCGCUUCGGGGACAAACCCGACGCCCUGCUGCUGCGCUUCCUCCGGGCCCGCAAGUUCGAGGUGGCCAGGGCCCACGAGCUCAUGAGAGGCUACGUGCGUUUCAGGAAGGACUACCCGGAGCUGUUUGAGAACCUGACCCCCGAGGCGGUGCGCAGCACCAUCGAGGCCGGUUACCCCGUGGUCCUGCCCAGCCGGGACAAGUACGGCCGCGUGGUGCUGCUCUUCAACAUCGACAACUGGGACCUGGAGGAGAUCACCUUCGACGAGGUCCUGAGAGCCUACUGCGUGAUCCUGGAGAAGCUGCUGGAGAACGAGGAGACCCAGAUCAACGGCUUCGUCCUGAUCGAGAACUUCAAAGGCUUCACCAUGCAGCACGCGUCGGGCAUAAAGACGGCCGAGCUGAAGAAGAUGGUGGACAUGCUGCAGGACUCCUUUCCGGCCCGUUUCAAGGCGGUCCACGUCACCCACCAGCCCUGGUACUUCACCACCACCUACAACGUGGUCAAACCCUUCAUGAAGGCCAAGCUCCUGGAGAGGGUCUUUGUUCACGGCGAUGAGCUGGACACCUACUUCAAAGAAUUCGACGCCGACAUGCUGCCCUCAGAUUUUGACGGCAAAGCCCCAGUGGCCAAUUACCAAGGCCUCGCCUCCAAGAUUUUUGCCUCCGAAGACACUGCCCUCUGAAAACAAAACAACUCCCUCCUCCUUAAACUCGAGAGUAGAGGCCUUCACCUAAAGUUGCUUUGUGUGUGAUCAGACCUGUGGACUCUAAUGAAGAUAGGCUAACUUUAUUUUCUGUGCACGUCAGGCAGUUGGGAUUAAUAAAGAAAAAGCAUCUAGAGUUAGAGGCAGGAUCUGGAAACAGUAAAAAGAAGUUUAGAUGGUGAGAAUAUAUGAUAGUUUAAAGUUAGAACUUUACAGAACUAGUGCUCGUCGUUAUGGAGAGAGACGAAGAAGGGGAAGAAAGUUGAAAUUAUGAGACUGCAGCCUCCCUUUGGUUUGACUCAACUCGCCUUAAAAGUUUAUUUUUGAGCAAAGUGCCUACAACAGUCAGAGUUGCUAAGUUGAAGUCUGGGAAAGGGAAAUCUCAUGCGGUGCCUUGGAAUCAGUUUGACCGGUAUGUUGGGAAGUGUGGUACUCAAAAAGCAUUGUGAACUAUAGGAAUCUUUUCUGCCUGUUGCAUUGGAUUGGAA